AUGGUCAAGGAUUGCAUGGAUUAUGUGAAGAAGUGUCAGGCAUGUCAAUUCCAUGCGAACUUUAUACACCAACCACCGGAGCCGCUACAUCCCACAGUUACUUCGUGGCCAUUUGAUGCAUGGGGUCUUGAUGUGGUGGGACCGAUAGCACCCAAAUCUUCCGACGGUCAUUCUUACAUCCUUGCAGCCACAGACUACUUUUCAAAAUGGGCAGAAGCUGUACCUCUAAAGGAAGUGAAGAAAGAAAACGUAGUGAGUUUUAUCAAAGUGAACAUCAUUCAUCGGUAUGGUGUGCCACGUUACAUCAUCACAGACAAUGGAAAACCAUUCUCGAAUCGGUUAAUGGACAAACUGUGUGAAGACUUCGGUUUUAAGCAACGCAACUCUUCAAUGUACAAUGCCCCGGCCAAUGGCCUUGCAGAAGCAUUCAACAAAACUCUUUGCAACCUGUUGAAAAAAGUUGUUGGGAGAACCAAGAAAGACUGGCAUGAAAGGAUAAACGAAGCAUUAUGGGCUUAUCGGACGACAUACCGGACGCCCACUCAAGCUACGCCGUAUUCGCUUGUGUAUGGCGUGGAAGCG